CUCGCGCCCCCCCCCCCGGCCCCUAACGGCCGCCUCACCGCCCCCAACCGCCCCUAACGGCCGCGCCGCCAUGGCCCUGCGGCCGCUCCUCGUCGCCGUGGCGCUGUCGGCCGCCGCGCUGCCGCCGCCGCCCCUGGCCGCCGCCUUCUACCUGCCCGGCCUGGCGCCCGUCAACUUCUGCGAGGCCGACAGGGAGACGGCGGAGUGCAAGUCUGGCAUCGAGCUGUUUGUGAACAGGCUUGACUCCGUAGAGUCUGUCCUUCCCUAUGAAUAUACUGCGUUUGAUUUCUGUCAAGCAGAAGGAAAGAAGCGUCCCUCUGAAAACCUUGGUCAAGUGUUGUUUGGAGAGAGGAUAGAACCGUCUCCUUACAGGUUCACAUUCAACAAGAAGGAGACAUGUAAACCUGUUUGUACAAAGACAUAUGAUACCAGAAAGCCAGAAGAUAAGCAGAAAUUAGACUUUUUGAAAAAAAGUAUGCUACUGAAUUAUCAACAUCAUUGGAUUGUGGACAACAUGCCUGUGACCUGGUGCUAUGAUGUUGAAGAUGGCCAGCGGUUCUGCAAUCCUGGUUUUCCCAUUGGCUGUUACAUUACAGAGGAUGGCCGUCCAAAAGAUGCCUGUGUUAUUAACUCAGAAUUUCAUGAAAAAGAUACCUUUUAUAUCUUCAAUCAUGUUGACAUAAAAAUAUAUUACCACGUUGUGGAAAAUGAAGCUCUGGGAGCAAGACUUGUUGCUGCUAAACUUGAACCAAAAAGUUACAAGCAUACUCAUCCAGACAACCCUGACUGUUCAGGAGUUCCUAUGGAUAUAAGUAAUAAGGCACAUGGAGAAGUCCAAAUUGCUUACACGUACUCAGUUUCUUUUCAAGAAGAAAAAAAUAUAAGGUGGGCAUCAAGAUGGGAUUAUAUUUUGGAAUCCAUGCCUCACACUCACAUCCAGUGGUUUAGCAUUAUGAAUUCCUUGGUGAUUGUCCUUUUUCUGUCUGGAAUGGUAGCUAUGAUUAUGCUGAGGACACUGCAUAAAGACAUUGCAAGAUACAAUCAGAUGGAUUCCACUGAGGAUGCUCAGGAAGAAUUUGGCUGGAAGCUUGUUCAUGGUGACAUUUUCAGGCCCCCAAGAAAAGGAAUGCUGUUAUCUGUUUUUCUUGGCUCUGGCACACAGAUCUUAAUAAUGACUUUUGUUACACUGUUUUUUGCUUGCCUGGGAUUUUUGUCACCUGCUAACCGGGGAGCUCUUAUGACCUGUGCUGUAGUUUUGUGGGUGCUGCUUGGAACUCCAGCAGGUUAUGUUGCUGCCAGAUUCUACAAAUCAUUUGGAGGUGAGAAAUGGAAAACAAAUGUCCUGCUGACAUCAUUCCUUUGUCCUGGAAUUGUAUUUGCAGAUUUCUUUAUCAUGAACCUCAUUCUCUGGGGAGAAGGCUCUUCAGCAGCUAUUCCGUUUGGUACUCUGGUUGCUAUUCUGGCGCUCUGGUUUUGCAUAUCUGUACCAUUGACAUUUAUUGGUGCCUAUUUUGGCUUUAAGAAAAAUGCUAUUGAACACCCCGUUCGCACAAAUCAAAUUCCUCGUCAGAUUCCUGAGCAGUCAUUCUAUACAAAACCAUUACCUGGAAUUAUCAUGGGAGGAAUUCUGCCUUUUGGGUGUAUCUUUAUACAGCUGUUCUUCAUUCUGAACAGUAUUUGGUCUCACCAGAUGUAUUACAUGUUUGGCUUCCUGUUUCUGGUAUUCAUUAUUUUGGUUAUUACAUGUUCUGAGGCCACAAUAUUGCUCUGUUACUUCCAUCUAUGUGCAGAGGACUAUCACUGGCAGUGGCGUUCAUUUCUCACGAGUGGUUUCACUGCAGUUUACUUCCUAAUAUAUGCAAUACAUUAUUUUUUCUCAAAACUGCAAAUCACAGGAACAGCUAGCACCAUUUUGUAUUUUGGUUAUACCAUGAUUAUGGUUUUGAUCUUCUUCCUCUUCACAGGGACAAUUGGAUUCUUUGCCUGCUUUUGGUUUGUAACCAAAAUCUACAGUGUGGUGAAAGUUGACUGAAGAAACCAAUGUAAAGAAUUAACACAGAAGAGGUUUAAUCUUCAUUAACGUAACUUAAAGACCUGGUCUAGUCGAUGAACUUGAGCUUUAUCAGAAGUAUUGGCUUCCUAUUCUUUUGAGAAUGAUACUGAAUAUGCAGCUACCCCCAAACACUUUUUUCCACUAACACGUUUGUAUUGUGACUUAACAACCUGUUUUCAUUCAGAUCUUAAUGAAGAUCAGAGUUACAAUAUUUAUGCAUUUGUAAAUACAACUAUACUUCAAAAGAAAUGUUAAAUUCUAAUGGCAGAGUAGAAGUGGCUGUAUUACACAACUUAAUGAUACUUCUGAUCAAAGUACAACUGUAAAUAGGAUUUUCUAGCUUGGUAGGUGGGAUGAAUUAUUUUUCUUUGAGGGAAAUGAGAACUUUUUAUUAUGCUAACUUUGAAGGAUGACUCUUAAGAAGUGUUGCUUUUAGUUUGGAUGUGAUUUUUAUUUUUUACUGGUAUUAUGUCCAUAAAUAUCCUGAUUUCUGUGACUUCAUUAGUUUCAGUGUUCUUGGCCUUUUAAACUAUGUGCCUCUGAGUCCUUGAAUUUAUAAAUUCAUAAUCUAAUAAAUAUUGUAAAAAUGUCUUCAGUGGGUCAUUACCUAUUAUAAAUUCAUAAAAAAUCUGUAAAUACAAUUAUAUUGAAGAGGGAUGCUUAAAGAUUGCAUAGAGUAUUUUAUGGCAUUUUCUGCAGUUUUAUGUAUAUUGACACACCUUUAGGUCUGCAAGACAUGUUAUUUGUGUUACGUGGCUAGAACGCUACAAUGUGAUUGUGGCACGUGAGAACGAACCCAUACACACGCAUUGCCAAAAACCUCUGCAGCAUUAAUUCGGUCCUUAACCCAGGUACUUCACCCAGUCCAGAGACUGCUGUGGAAUCAUCAAUAUGUUGAGAAGAUCUUAAUGCACGAGGCAGCAUCCUCUGCUGGUCGUGCUUUCAAGGGGUCUUGAUGAUACAUAUUCUAUAUGGCAACUAUUGCCGAUUGUACUUGAUGUAGGUUAAAAAAAAUAAAAGCAAAUUACUAUUUUUGCCUUAUAUUAAGAGACUAAUGUCAAUUUCAGGUGACUAUCAUUAAACCUAUAUUUGCAUUUUUUGAAAA